UUUGUACUUAAAAGUGCGAGAUGAGGAAGAUGACAAAAGCGCUGCUCCAAAUUAAAGCUAAGCAGUCGUUGGUUCUAAACAACCGUUUAUUUUCUCUUACAUUACACACGCAGCGGUGAUCGUCUGAUGGAGUCGGCGCCGUCGACGUGCUUUCUCCGUCGCGGAUUGGUUGGCGCCGGACUCAAGUCACCUCGAGUCAGACUUUUUUCUUCCUCUUGGCAGCGUUGGUACCCAACGUCUUGUAAAAUCAGCCAGCGUCACUUCAGUUUGCAAAAUAAGAGACAACAAGCUAAGAAAAUCAAUCUCCCAGCAAAUACAAGUUUUAAGCCAAAUGAUGAUAGCAAACUUGAUACAAGCAACACGCGCAAAGGCGAAGCUUUACCAAUAAAUACAAGUUUUGAGACAAAUAUUGGUAGCAGCUUGCCCAAUGGUAGCAAUUCAGGCUCAGAUGAAGAAACAGAUUCCAACAAUAAUGUUCCUGUAAUAGAAUAUGAAUACUUGGAAGGAGAGGGUUACAUCAGUUCUUCUCAACCACAUGAAGUUAGGUCUUUGCACAAUGUCACUGUUGACUAUUCAGAGGGAUCAGUGCACUUAAACGAUGAAAAUACGAGCAGUUCUUUUCCGUCAAGUGACAUUCCAUCCACCACUGGAAAUGGAGGACGGCAAUGCUCACGCAUUCAACUCCAAGAUUUAAUUAGAAUGAUACGAAGUGCUGAAAUGAAUAUAAAUCUUCUUAAUGACGUUCGUAUACGUGCUCUUGAGGAUCUCGAAAAAUUUCUCAGCGAAAAAAAGUCAUUGCAGGGAGAAAUUAACACUUUGGAGAUGAAACUGGCUGAAACGGUUGCACGUCUGAAAGUGGCUACAGAAGAGAAGAUACAUGUGGAACUCCUUGAAGACCAGUUGGAGAAGUUGCGAAUUGAAUUGUCAAGCAGAGAGGAACUUGAACAAGACAUGAAUAAUGUUGUUUCUUCUUCCCAAUUUGACAUUGUCAGUUCUUUUAGCCAGGAAAUAGAUUCAUUGAGGUCAGAGAAUAUGACCCUGCAGGAUGAGCUACAGGCUCUAAAGGCAGAGCUUAGUCAUAUUACAGGAACUGAGCAGCGUGUUCAAACAUUGGAGGAUGAACGGUCAUUGUUGCAGUCCUCCUUCAGAGAGUUGGAGUGUAAACUUGCUGCUUCCCAUGAAGACGUUUUGAAAAUCUCUAGCUUGAAAUCUGAACGCAAGAGUUUAUAUGAGAAAGUGGAGGACAUACAGACACUCUUAGAUAAGGCAACAGAGCAGGCAGAACAAGCAAUUGAAGCAUUGAAGCAAAACCAAGAACUCCUUAAGAAGGUUGACUGGCUUGAAGAAUCUGUCAGUAAGCCAAACUAUAAACUGUCAUCAGAGAAAAUUCAGCAACAUACUGAAUUAAUGCAGCAAAAUAUAGAACUAUUGGAUAACCGCCUACAAAAUUCUGAUGAAGCGACACAUUACUAUAUUAAAUUGUGUCAAGAUUCUAUGAAGGAGUUCCAGGACACACUGAAUGCCUUGAAAGAAGAAAGCAAGAAACGGCAAGAACAUGGAUCUGUGCGUGACAAACCUUCUGAGUUUUGGUCCAAUUUAUUGCUUUUGGUGGAUGGAUGGUUUCUUGAAAAGAAGAUUUCAGUGGAUCAAGUGAAGUUGUUAAGAGAAAUGAUAUGGAACAGGGAGAGGAGCAUAUCUGAUUCAUAUAUGUCAAUGCAAGGAAAGAGUGAGAGGGAAAUUAUUUCGACAUUUCUCAGAUUAACGUCACCAACGACAGGUGAAAGGUUACAUAUCAUACAUAUUGCGGCAGAGAUGGCACCUGUGGCUAAGGUGGGUGGACUGGGAGAUGUAGUGACUGGUCUUAGUAAAGCGCUUCAUAGGAAGGGGCAUCUUGUGGAAAUUGUUCUACCAAAAUAUGAUUGCAUGCAGUAUGAGACCAUACAGGAUUUAAAGGUUUUGGAUAUGCCUGUGGAGUCGUAUUUUGAUCGUCAACUGUUCAAAAACAAAAUCUGGGUUGGCACUGUUGAAGGACUUCCUGUUUAUUUCAUCGAACCUCUUCAUCCAAGUAAAUUCUUCUGGAGGAAUCAAUUUUAUGGAGAGAGUGACGAUUUUAAGAGGUUUUCAUACUUCAGCAGGGCAGCACUUGAGUUAAUUCUUCAAGCUGGAAAGAAACCCGACAUAAUCCAUUGUCAUGAUUGGCAAACAGCUUUCGUCGCACCCCUUUAUUGGGAUCUAUACGUGCCAAAAGAAUUGAAUUCAGCCAGAAUAUGCUUUACAUGUCACAAUUUUGAGUAUCAAGGAUCAGCUCCAGCUUCUGAGCUAGCAUCUUGUGGUCUUGAUGUUCACCAACUCAACAGACCUGAUAGGAUGCAAGAUCACUCAGCAAAUGGCAGGGUCAACCCCGUUAAGGGUGCUGUGGUGUUCUCUAAUAUUGUGACAACAGUUUCACCAACCUAUGCCCAAGAGGUGCGGGGUUCAGAGGGUGGGCGAGGUCUGCAGGACACAAUAAAUGCAUAUUCAAAGAAGUUUGUCGGAAUUUUAAAUGGAAUUGAUACUGAUGCAUGGAAUCCAGCAACUGACCCCUUUUUGAAGGUUCAGUAUCAUUCCAAUGACAUUGAUGGCAAAGCAGAAAACAAAGAAGCCUUAAGGAGAUAUCUAAAAUUGUCAUCAGCCAACAGCAGACAGCCAUUGGUUGCUUGCAUAACUAGAUUGGUACCUCAAAAGGGUGUACAUAUUAUAAAGCAUGCAAUAUACCGGACAUUGGAGUUAGGUGGUCAGUUCGUUCUUCUUGGUUCAAGUCCAGUGCCUGAGAUUCAGAGGGAGUUUGAAGAAAUUUGUGAUCAUUUUAAGACUCAUGAACAUGCUCGAUUGAUACUGAAAUAUGACGAGGCUCUUUCACACUUGAUCUAUGCUGCCUCAGACAUGUUGAUCAUCCCAUCCAUCUUCGAGCCUUGUGGCCUUACUCAGAUGAUUGCUAUGAGAUACGGGUCAGUUCCCAUCGUAAGGAAGACUGGAGGACUCAAUGACAGUGUUUUCGAUUUUGACGACAAUACCAUACCUGCACAUUACAGAAAUGGAUAUACAUUCUUGAAAGCUAACGAGCAGGGUUUCAACAAUGCAUUGAAACGGGCAUUUAACCAUUAUAUGAACGAUGCUGAUAGUUGGAAACAGCUCGUACAAAAGGUGAUGAACUUGGAUUUCAGUUGGGACUCUUCAGCACCAUUGUAUGAAGAACUUUAUCACAUGUCUAUCGCCAGAGCGAGGAGCAGAGACUGAUACAAGGCCGCCCAUUGAGGUCGUCUACGCCUGUAUAUUGGUAGAGUAGAUGAGCUCAUGAAAGUUAAGCCACGGAUGUCGACGUUCAUGUUACUUGUGUAGUUGUGUGCUUGUGGAGCUGAUCCUGAUGGCGUUUGUGCUCAGCUCCGCCACAUGAAGUCCAAUUCUUUGAUUUAACUCUUGAUUAGCACCACAAUAUUUUUACUUGUACAUAUAUGUACACUUUUAAGCCCUUACAAUUAUACUACUAUAUUCUAUACUAAUGAAGAACUAGGUGUUGAUAUUUA